GCGACAGACGUUUUCCUGCCCUUGCUUUCACACGAAGUGAUGUGGUGAUGUCUAUGUGAUUAUUCCGCACAUAAUCAUUUACUUUACCGUGGUCUUACAUAACAAUCAUGACAGCUAAACGGAUUUAAGGCGAACAACAGACCCAACAACUACUAGUCUAUGUAAGAUGAACGCUGAGGACAAGUUGGAGGGCGUGCUGCUGAAAUGCAGCAGCGGAGGAGUUGACGGAGGAGGGAGAGUUGGGCUGGCCGGUGGAGGAGGACUGGUGGUGAUGACGCUUGGGGAGCGGUCACUGGCAAGCCAUCCUUUGCUGGCUGAGGAUGAUGACGAUGAUGAAGAUGAAGAGGAGAACUUGACUGGGAGCUCGCUGGUUACGCAUGAAUUAAUCCCACCUGAGCCGCUGAUGAUGCAGGAGGAGGUGACAAAGAAUGGUGGAGGAGUAGAGGUGGGAGAGCAUUUCCCCCUAAAAGUCACCAAUAAGUUGCCCUGCUUGCUCCAAAUACCAUUGACCAUCAAACAGGAGCUGAAGCUGUCUGAGGAGCCGGUGCAAAUAAGGAGGGACAAAAAAGUUAAGGACCUAAAUGUGUGUCCCAAGAAGAAAAAAAGAAAACAACGCUCACCAGCAAAGAUUCUCAGUGUCAAUGAUGACGGCUCCUUGGACAUACAAAACCCUAAGUGUCAUAUUUGUGUUCACUGUAAUGCUGCAUUUCGAACCAACUACCAUCUGCAGAGGCAUGUCUUCAUUCAUACUGGUGAGAAACCAUUUCAGUGCAGCCAAUGUGAUAUGCGCUUUAUUCAGAAAUAUCUUCUCCAGAGACAUGAAAAGAUCCAUACGGGUGAAAAACCCUUUCGCUGUGAUGAGUGUGGGAUGAGGUUCAUCCAGAAGUAUCACAUGGAACGACACAAGAGGACCCACAGUGGAGAAAAGCCCUACCAGUGUGAUUACUGUCACCAGUACUUUUCUCGAACUGAUCGGGUUUUAAAGCACAGAAGAAUGUGUCACGAGAACAGAGAGAGAAAGUUGAGCAAAGCUGCUGGUAAAGGUGGACAGGAGCCAGAUUCUCCAGGCACACCUUUUAUUGCCAAAGAGUGUUCACUGCCCAAAAAGAAACGCCAAAAGUGUUCAGAAAAGUUGCAAAGUUCAGCUGCCACUGUUGCUGCCCAGACAGAAGGUCAAACUGUUGCUGUAGUAGGACCAGAGGAGAAGGAGGUGCAGAGAGAGAGUAAAGUUGAAGGGCUACCUCUUUAUGCUGUGUCCUCCAAAGUCAAGCAUGAAUAUGUAAUCACAGACUACUCGGUGGAACUUCCUCAAGAAACAGUUAAUCAACACCAAGAGGGUGAGGUGUCAUCAGAAGAAGUGACUUCUCCUAAACUGGUCCUGAAGAAGGUCACCAAGAUGAGCCUUAAACAGUCUAGUGACCCACCUCCUUGCCUGUCCACUUUGUCUUCCUUUGAAGAAAAUAGCAAAGUUACCCGUUAUACUUUUGAAAUUGUGGACAAACAGGGACUUUUAGAUGUUGAAACCACCACUGAACUGGAGCCAGUUGAGACUCUUCAUGGAGGUCCAACAAAACCAGCAACUAGCAGCACAAAUUAUGACGAUGCCAUGCAGUUUCUCAAGAAGAAGCGUUAUCUUCAGGCUGCAGUGACAAACAACAAUCGUGAUUUUGCCCUUAACACAAGCAGCGUCUCUUCUCAGCCACCUGUUGCACAAACUGUGGUGUCUACUGUCAUUGACGAAACUGUCCCUGCUACUAUUUUGGAGCCUCAACCCAUCAACACAGAGAUUAAGGCAGCCCAUGACAAGCAUGUGUUGCCAGAUGAAGUUCUUCAGACUCUGCUGGACCACUACUCCAACAAAGCCAAUGGGCAAUCAGACAUUUCCUUUAGUGUGACCGACACAGAAGUGACUUCGAGCAUAUCCAUUAAUUCCUCUGAUGUUUCCGACAGUAGCCCUGUAGAAUGUCUGGAAUCAGCUAGCGGCCAGGUUCAGGCACCUACUGAGAAGGUCAGCCUAUUGCAAGAAUACUCCAAGUUUCUCCAGCAAGCACUGGAGAGGACAAGUCAGAAUGACAGCUACUUGACCAGCCAGAGCCUCAGCUUGGUAUCUGAAAAUCCCACUUUAUCUGGGCAGCCUCUGUUCUCAACAGAGAAACAAUUUCCUUCCCCCAGCAGGUUCAAGUCAGGGAUGAGUUCUCCGCUGAGGUCCACUUUAGAGAAGCCUCAUUUUGGUUUACUGGUAGGGGAUUCUCAGCACUCGUUUUCGUUUUCAGGUGAUGAGACCACCCCUCCUUCAGCAGUGUCCCCAGCUGAGGACUUCCUUGAACAGGUCUCCCCCUCUAAAAAGACAGACUCUCAAGGAAUACUGCAGACUUUUCAAAUAAGCACCUUUGAUCAGAACUUCAAAUCACACUUUCAAACGAGAUCAGGAUCCUCAACGCAGUUUAAUGUUGCCAAUGGACAAGUAAGUCUUCGGGGACACAGUACAGACUUUUCAGAGUUCCCUUUAGUUUCCGUCAGUGAGACCAGGUCUCAACUGAACUCCUCCCCUGAUGUUUCAUCCAGUGAAACAUUUGGAUGAAGGAAGGGAAUCUGAUUUAUUCUGUGAAUUUCUGUGGCACUUUAUAUGAUGUUUCCUGUUUUGCCAAAA